CUGGCAUGCAAAGGUGAUGUAUUUAAUAUUCUGUCAUUUCUCUGAUUUUUCUUGACCAGAAAAAUCGGGAGAAUCGUGAUCUGCAUUUUGUGUUGUGUGCUAAUUCGUGUGUCGUGUGCGGAAUUGAAAACUCCAUUAGAAUUUAAUAUUAAAAUAGAGAAGCACGAUGGAGGGGAUGAUUGAGCAUUGCAGAAGAUAAAAUUCCAAAUGCGAUGACUUUCAACAACUCCGCAGGAUAUUCUGCAAUUGGGGCAGGAGGUGCUGGAUCUGCUCCUGGUUUGUGGAAGCGUCUGAAGCAUGUGAAGAUCUAUCGAGUUGUCUUCAUUGUAUCCUUUGUGCUCAUCUCUGUGGCACUCAUCACACACCUCUACGUGGUCAAUGUGGAAUCUGAGGAGAAUGGCAAAAAUGUUUACAAAUCCCGCUCACAGCUGGAGGCUUUUGAGGAUUUUAGCUCCCUCAAGGCGGCUGACUUGAAGUUGCGCAUCGAUGAGAUGAUGCGAAUAAAGGGUACGGUAUCGGUGGAGCUGCGGGAGUUGGAAUCCCGGAGGCAGAAGCUUCAGUUUGAUAUUAGUUCCUACAAUCAGAGAAUUGAUGAGCUGAAGCAGGAGAUGUCUCGGCAGCAAACAGAGCUAGAUCGUCUCAAGAUAUCCGUGGAACAGGCACAGGUGGCACAGCAGGAGGCAGUUUUGCGAAAUACCCCUGAGCUUGCACUGCCCAAACCUCUGUUUCCUGCUCAGCUGCCACCAACAAUGCCACCAUUGGAUGCUAAUGAGGCUUCCCGGUGCCAGAUGAGCACAUGCUUCGAUCAUUCACGCUGCAGCCUAACUUCGGGAUUCCCAAUCUAUCUCUACGACCCAGAUCAGUAUCCAGUCGUGGGUACGGGGUUCGAUGUAGAUGGCUUCCUCAAAACAACCAUUAAACAGACACUCGGCUACAAUACGCACCUCACAGAUGACCCAAAGGCAGCUUGUAUCUUCCUCGUACUCACCGGGGAAUCACUUCCGGAACACGAAACAGUCCGGAAUAAUCGCUACACACUCCCUGUUGUUCCUGAGUUGCGCAAUGUUACAGGAUUGAGUGCUGCAAAGCUUCAGAAGCUACCCUAUUGGGGUGGUGAUGGGCGGAAUCAUAUUCUUUUGAAUUUUGCACGACGUGACCUCACUCCAACUUCCGGUCUUGCCGUGAAAACAGUCGAUACUGGACGUGCAAUGAUUGUUCAGUCAACCUUCGAAGCUAGUCAAUUUCGUCAAGGCUUUGACCUGCUAAUCCCACCAAUUCUUGGUCCACCCGGUGGGGAUGUUUGGCAGGAAUGUGCUCCAAUGCUUCCGGCUCGGCGGAAGUACCUCAUGUCGUUCCAAGGUGAACUAAAGGUUCAGAACACAUCGAAGAGCAUUGAUAGGGAAGCUGAGGCACUUGAUGAUUUCAUUGUGGAACAUCUCACGGAGAUGGCAUCCGGAAGGACCCAGGAUAAGUUCCUUCUGCAGUUUCAGUGUAUUCCAGCAACUGAACAGAAAUUCCUUUCACCUUUCCGUGAUUGGUCACUCUGUGGGACGGAUUCAUCGCGACGAAGUGUCCUGAAAGAAUCCACAUUUGCCCUUAUUCUCGCUCCUGAGCGUCACAUUGUCUCAUCGACGUAUCUUCAGGCGCGCUUGUAUGAGGCUCUACGCUCUGGGGCAAUCCCGGUAAUUCUGGGUGGGGAUCAAGUGCACCUUCCGUAUGCGGAGACAUUGGAUUGGCGUCGAGCAAUGAUCCUUCUUCCACGGGCAAGGAUAACUGAGCUGCAUUUCCUACUGAGAGCAGUUCCAGACACAGAUUUGCUUUUUAUGCGACGCCAGGGAAGAUUAUUCUGGGAAAGGUACUUCAGUUCCGUGCAAGCAACAGUGGAUACCAUUGUGACGAGUUUGAGGGAUCGUCUGGGCAUUCCGCCACGUCCUAUUCAAAAUAUCGUGGCUCAGAGUGUCUUCAAUGGGACAUUUGUGCCACUAAAAUCUGACCCACCGGUGCUGGAUGCUGAACCAGAAGAAUCUCUGGGGCCAAUUGAACCACCCUAUCCGAGUCCAGCUUUCCGGAGGAACUACACAGCCCUCCUUGUGCAAUCACGUGAAGCUUGGAAUGACUGGGGGGAUCCCUUCUUCCUCUACCCUCAGCUGCCUUUUGAUCCUGUCCUACCGUCCGAUGCUAAGUUUAUUGGGAGUCACAUGGGCUUCCGGCCGAUUGGGCAUGGUGUUGGUGGAGCUGGGAAGGAGUUUGGUGAAGCUCUGGGUGGGAAUCAUCCACGGGAACAGUUUACAAUUGUCAUGCUCACGUAUGAGCGGGAACAGGUGCUAAUGGACUCUCUGGGGCGCCUCUAUGGGUUGCCGUAUCUGCACAAAGUGGUUGUUGUGUGGAAUUCCCCAAAGCCUCCGCUCGAGGAUCUCCGGUGGCCUGAUAUUGGGGUUCCGGUGUCUGUUGUGCGGGCUCCUCGGAAUUCCCUCAAUAAUCGCUUCCUGCCGUUCGAUGUGAUCGAAACGGAGGCAGUUCUCUCAAUUGAUGACGAUGCCCAUCUGCGUCACGAUGAGAUUCUCUUUGGAUUCCGUGUGUGGCGUGAGCACAGGGAUCGUAUUGUUGGAUUUCCAGGACGCUUCCAUGCGUGGGACGUUAAUUCAAAUUCCGCGUGGAAUUACAACUCAAACUACACCUGUGAGCUCAGUAUGGUGCUCACGGGAGCUGCCUUUGUUCACAAAUACUACACAUACCUCUACACCUACUGGAUGCCUCAGGCAAUCCGUGACAAGGUGGAUGAGUACAUGAACUGCGAGGACAUAGCAAUGAACUUCCUCGUAUCCCACGUAACGCGGCAGCCACCAGUCAAGGUUACGUCACGAUGGACAUUCCGAUGCCCCGGCUGUCCUGUUUCGCUAAGCGAGGACGACACGCACUUCCAGGAGCGGCACAAGUGCAUAAACUUCUUUACGCGCGUCUUUGGGUACACGCCGCUCCUCAACACUCAAUAUCGUGCAGAUUCAAUUCUCUUCAAGACACGAAUCCCGCACGAUAAGCAAAAGUGCUUCAAGUUCAUCUGAAUACACCCAAAGAUAAGUGAUCAUCUCCUAAUGAAUCCUCAUACCUUUAUGCGUGCCAUAGUGAUUUUAUUUUUCACAAUGGAUGAGAUUUUUUUCUUCUGCGCCAUCGAGGGAAGAAUUGCAGCUUCCGGGAGUUUUUUUUUAAACUGUUUAUUCUAUACAUCUAUGCAAAGGAAAUCCAAUGGAUGUUCCAACAUGAAAGCUUUCUGUAACUAUAUAUAGAACGAUUUUAUUUGUAUGACGUAGAAAUUUUACGUAAACUGUAUGAUAAGAAUAAAAUAUUUAAAACAUAAGAAAA